GGGCCUGAGGGAGAGGCGGCAACAGCGGGGACGACGACGACGACCACCACCACCGCCAUCUUUACCCCCCGACCACCAUGAGCGACAGCGGGGAGCAGAACUACGGCGAGCGGGUUAAUGUUGAAGAAGGAAAAUGCGGAAGUCGUCAUUUGACAAGUUUUAUAAAUGAGAAUUAUUUGAAGCUCAGGAAUAAGUGAAGCUGAAAUUUGAAAAAAAAAGAAAGAGAAUGCAUGCUAAUUAUCAGACCAGAAGUCCCACUUAUAGAAUAUUGAGCAGUUUGUGUGAAGUGGGGAAGAUGAAAGAAGUCAGAAUUUGAAACGGAAGAAUGAAGAAAAGAAAUAAAAAUGAAGUUAAGAUAAGAAGUAAUCUGGAAUCAGAAAGCACUACGCUAAGAAUCCCGUUCUGCUUCCAGAAGUGGAAGCGCACAUGGGUCUGGGAAGUCAGCAAGGCACACCCCAGCAAGGUCUCGUUCCAAGGAAGAUUCCAGGCGCUCCAGAUCCAAGUCAAGAUCCCGAUCUGAGUCGAGGCGAUCUCGCAGCAGGUCUUACAGUCGAGAUUACCGAAGACGACAUAGUCACAGCCAUUCUCCCAUGUCCACCCGCAGGCGGCAUGUCGGAAAUCGGGCAAACCCUGAUCCAAACUGUUGUCUUGGGGUGUUUGGCUUGAGUCUGUACACCACAGAGAGGGAUCUCCGAGAGGUGUUCUCCAAAUAUGGUCCAAUUGCUGAUGUUUCCAUUGUAUAUGACCAGCAGUCCAGGCGUUCGAGAGGAUUUGCGUUUGUGUAUUUUGAAAAUGUGGAUGAUGCCAAGGAAGCCAAAGAACGUGCCAAUGGAAUGGAACUUGAUGGGCGAAGAAUCAGAGUGGAUUUUUCUAUAACGAAAAGACCCCACACCCCAACACCUGGAAUCUACAUGGGAAGACCUACUUACGGCAGCUCCCGGCGACGAGAUUACUAUGAUAGAGGGUACGAUAGAGGAUAUGAUGAUCGGGACUAUUAUAGCAGAUCAUAUAGAGGAGGCGGUGGAGGAGGAGGCGGCGGCGGCGGAGGAGGAGGAGGAGGAGGAUGGAGAGCUGCCCAAGACAGAGAUCAGAUUUACAGAAGGCGAUCACCAUCCCCUUAUUACAGCCGGGGAGGCUACAGGUCACGUUCUAGAUCUCGAUCUUAUUCACCCCGUCGUUACUAAAGCAUGAACUUUAGAAGAAUUUGUAAAAAAAAAAAAAAAAAAAACCUGCCCUCCAGUUGGAAUUGCGUUUGUGGACAAUAUUUUUUUAUUGUCUCGUUUAAAAGUGAACAGUGCCUAGUGAAUAGGUGACUUUUACACCUUUUAUGAAGACUACUUUUGGUGGAGUUGAAAUACUGUUUUCAUUCUGCAUUUGUGUAGUUGGUGCUUUGUUCAGAGUUAAGUGUUUUCAGAGAAGUAUGUUUUGCAUGUAUUUUUUUACAGUCUGGAUUUUGACUGCGGAGAAGUUUCUAUUGUACAAAACUUCAUUUAAAAGGUUUUUUCUACUGAUUCCAGGGUAUUAAGGAGAUCGAAACCUGUGUAAAAUCCUAUCAAACGGCAAAAGCAACAAUAAAAAGUUGAUUUUUACUUUCUUUCCCGAACACCUAUGUUUAGCAAAACUGUUUAAUUCCGUUUGUCAGUGGAAAAUUAAGAGAUUUAAGAAAAUGCCCUUCCUUCGCCCCCAGCUAAUUAGAAAAUGCACAAUAAUUAAUAUACAUACAAAGUGUUACAAUUGUACCGUGUAACUCUGUACUGCUAGUAUUAAGACUAAAGAUAAUUUCUACACCGUUGCUGCUUAAUGCUUGUCUAAAUGUUCAGUUUGUCAAGCCUUUAUAUAGUCUGUACAGUAGCAGGGGAGAGGACUAGAGUUAACCUAAUGUAAGCCAGGAAAAGACUAUUUCUCAUGAAUGGCUGUUGUAAGGGUGAUGAUGUCAAGCUUUCAAUUAGUUAUCAGUGGGUGACUUAAUACAUUCCACCACACGUAUACUCUUUGCUUUUCUGACUUUAGACUUAACCAACAAUAGUGGGUGCUUCACAGUGAAGGAUGGGAGAAGGGAGCGUUUGAAAGUAUUUCAACAGUUUCAAAGGUGACCGGAAAAGGCAGUGCCUGUUUUGAAAAAGUCAUUAAGUUUUGAGAUCCUUUGCAUACCAAAGGAGGCCAAAUUCACUCAAAUGUUUCAAGAGUUGUGUUUAAAUAAACUGUUAAUGACAAGGAAAAAAAACAA